AUGUCAAUCAAUUCAUCAACUUCUACUACUAAUAAACGGAAAAGAAAAAACCCAUCUACAACAACCCCACCUCCUCCUACAACUCCACAUCCAGCACCACCACGUACGGAAAAGAGAAUAUCAUGUCAGAGAUGUCGAACACGGAAAAUCAAAUGUAAUUAUGAAUUACCAUGUUUCAAUUGUAAACGAGAUGGAUCUCAAUGCAUUCAACCUAUCGAUAUGAGAUCAAAACGUCUUAAAGCUACAGAAGUUAUAACAUUACAAAAGAAAUUGGAUUUAAUGAUUAAAUUUAUCAAUGAUUGUAAAAAAUUACCUAAUGCAGAAGCAAAACAACAAUUCAUUUCUCAAACUAAUUUAGAUGAAUUGAUUAAUGAUGGCAGUAUUGUUUUGGAUAAUGGUGAUAGUACUAAUGGUGAUGGUGAUGUUUUACAUGUUGCUAAUCAUGAUGAGGAUGUAACCCAUAAUAAUAGUGCCAUUUAUGGACCCACAUCUGUCUAUGAUGAUAGUCUAAUGCAUAAUCAUAAACCUAAUACUAAACAUAAACAAAUUACAAUUGACAAAAGUAACAGUAAUGAUGAUAAUAACAGUAAAGGGGAAAUCAACAAAGAUGAGAAUAGAAAUGUGGGUAAUAAUAGUAGUAUUAACUACAACAACAAUAUUAAUACUUUAAAUAAUAGAAUUGAUAACAAUAGCAGCAACCUUAUAAAUGUUAUUAACAAAAUGAAUAAAGAUCCUGAUAUCUUAAAAUGUAUACAAUUAUUUUUCAUUUGGCAAUAUCCAGAUCAUAAUAUGUUUAUAUUCCGUGAAGCAUUUUUAAUUGAUUUUUUCAACCCUAAGAAAAACAUGUUAUAUUGUUCUAAAACAUUAAUUCUUAGUAUAUGUUCACUUGGAGCUAAAAUGUCAACUGAAGAAACCAUUUAUAAUCGUUCUAAAGAAUUUUAUCAAGAACUGAAAUAUUUAUUAUUGAAUUCUCUUCAUCAGCCUUCAAUUACAUCAUUACAAAGUUUUAUGUUAUUGGCAUUUUAUGAUAUUUGUAAUGGACAAAAUUCAAGUGGAUGGAUGUUAUCUGGAUGUGCCAUGAGAAUGGGAUAUGAUUUAGGAUUUCAAUUAAAUCCUGAACUUUGGUUUGUUAAAUCAAAGGGUGAAAAUAAUACUAUUAAUAAUUUAAGUAAAUUAGAUGUGGAAAUUAGAUCAAGAAUUUAUUGGGGGUGUUAUAUGGCCGAUCAUUUUAUUAGUUUAUUAUUGGGUAGACCUUCAAUUUUGAAAAUAUCUGAUGCAUCAAUCCCUGUGACUAGUGAUUUACCAGAUUUGGAAUGGAUUGAUGAUUUUACAUAUAAUGGAUACAUUAAAAAGAAGAAAUUACACAAACGGUCUAAAUCAAAACAUCGAAAAGACGAACAUGAAGAUGAUAAAGAUGAUUUGAAAUCUCCUGGGAAACAUAAACAUCAAGAAGUUUCAUAUAUUUCUGAUCCAUUAAAUCAAAUCAUUAAUUUAAUCAAUAUUUCUGAUAACAUAUUGAAUGACAUCUUUACUAAAACUGAUGAAGAACAACCACAAGAGCAUCAACAAGAGCAACAGCAACAACAACAACAACAACAACAAAAAUCCAAUGAAGAUUUAAAUUUGAAAUCACGAUGGGAGAAAUUAUCACAAUAUAAUUCUCAAAUUAUGGCUUGGAAGAAAAACUUACCUAAAGAUUUACGAUGGAAUAGAACUAAAUUGGGUAAAACAGGGGAAAAUCCAACUUAUUCAGGUAUACGAUAUUAUUAUUAUAUUUUAUUAUUAUGUUUAAAUCGUCCAUUUGUUGGAAUUGAUCAAGAUAAUCAUAACAACCAUGAUACAAAUAAUAAUGAUAACAAUGAUAACAAUGAUAGCGAUGAUAGCGAUGAUAAUUUAUCUCCUUUAUCAAUUUGUUUGAAUGCUAUUGAUGAUUUAUAUGAAUCAAUUAAUCGAUUCCAAAAAAAACAUGGAUAUAGAGGUGGUUCAAUUUUCAUUGUUUAUUCCUCAAUUUUAUCAAUUUCAAUAUUAUUAUUAACUAAUUCAAGAAUCCAAUUAGCAAGUGAACAAAAAAAUCGAUUACAUUUUUUUAUGGAUGUUUUAUAUGGAUGUUCUAAAACUUGGAAAUUGGCAGAAAAAUCUUAUAAUUUAAUUACGGAAAAAUUGAAACAUCUUUAUGAAGCAGGAGAGUUGAAAGAUGUAUUUGAAUUUAUCAUUGAAAAAAAAUCAUCUCCAUCGGCGACCAAUACAAGUGGAAACGGAUUGAAUGAAGCCAGUGGUAAUAAUAAUAAUAAUAAUUCUCAAUCAAUUGAAAGCAAUGAAUUUAAAUUGCCAAUCAAUAAUAAAACACUUUCAAAGUUGAAGCAUAAUCAACAAAACACUAAUAAUUCUCUUCCUACUUAUGAUACUACCGAUACCAUCAAUUCUACUUCAGGUGCUACCACUACUAACAAUAGUACUACAUUUUCAAUGGAUCAAAACCUUAUGGAAGCACCAACUCCAUUAUCCACAAUAAGCAAUGGAGUUAACAAUAACAACAACAAUGGUGGUGGUGGUGGUGGUAGAAAUAGUAGUAGUGCAACUGAUUUCUUGACAGAUGAUAAUGUUGAUUUCUUGGGUGGUCCACCAGUUUUAAUGACAGCUGAUUUAUUUAAUGAAGAUUGGGAAGCAUUAUUUCCUGAUUAUAUAUUUAAUUCGAAAAAUUGA